GCACUGUGGGAGGCGACAUCGCUGGGAUAGUUGGUUAUUAGCUGCCCCUCUUUAUUUUAGAGAUCCUGAGUGCAGCUCCCUCACCAAGCCAGUCAUCUGUUUGACCUGCAUCUAUCUGCUUUCAGAUUGUGUUAAGGGACACUCCAGGGCUUUUAAUCAGGAGAAAACUGCACUGUCUCUGAGAAAACAAUACAUUUUAUAUAUUAAGGUGCUGCUGCUGCACGCUGGGAAAGGAACAAAAACAUUCAGAAUUUGCAACAGUGUUUAGGUGAGUCAUGGAUUCGACAYUGACAGUACGUCUAAGCCUUUUCCUCAUGCUGUGUGUGGACACACCGAACGUUGGAGGACAAAUGUCAGGAGCCAAACAGCCAACACGUGCUUUAGAUCCAAAAGCAGGACGUUGCUCCUACACCUUCAUUGUUCCACAGCAGAAGCUGACGGGGGCUCUGUGUUUGAACACUCAGUCCUCUCUGAACAACCGCUCUGAGGUGGCGGCGCUGCAGGCCGAGCUCCRACAGCAGCGGGAACAGCUGGAGAAGCUCCAGCACCAGCUGGAGCGGGAAGGGUCUCUGGCCACGGAGGUGAGAGCCCUGCGCAAAGAGAGCAACAGCAUGAACGCUCGCAUCGCCCAGCUCUAUGCCCAGCUGCUGCAGGAAGUCCUCCACAAGAAGGAGCAGGCUCUGGAGCAGCAGAGGGUGGAGAGCCUCCUGCUUAACGCUACAACACAGGCGUUACAGGUGUCCAGUAAUUACAGAGAGCUGGAGAAAAAGUAUGGAGCGCUCACCUCCACGGUGAGCUCCCAGAACCAGUUCAUCAGCAAACUGGAGAAGCAGUGCCAGUGCAAGGAUUCCAGCUCUCAGGUGAUGAGUGAUCCUCCAAAAGGCCAGCCUAAUGGGCCUCGUAAUUACAGCUCCGAAGGCAACAAAAUGACCAACGAUGUUCAAAGGGAUCAAAGUGCUGCCUCACCRCCGCAGGAACAAACAGGAGGAGUUUUCCCGGAGGGUCCGACCAAUCCGCCGUUUGUGAGCUUCCUUGUCACAAAAUCUCCAGGACCGUGGCGGGACUGUCAGCAUGUCCUGGACUCAGGAGAGACCACCAGUGGGAUCUACCUGCUCCGCCCCCUGAACACUAACCGCCUCCUGCAGGCCUGGUGCGAACAGGGUCGCGAUGAUGGAGGGUGGACCAUCAUCCAGAGGAGACAGGAUGGAUCAGUUAACUUCUUCAGGACCUGGGAGCAGUACAAGCAAGGCUUUGGGAACCUGAAUGGAGAGUACUGGCUCGGCCUGGAACACCUCUACUGGCUCACYAAACAGGCCAAAUAUAAGCUGCGAGUGGCUCUGGAGGACUGGCAGGGCCGCCAYGUGUUUGCAGAGUACGACAGCUUCCACCUGGAACCAGAGAGCGACUGGUACCGCCUCCGUUUGGGACUUUACCRAGGCACUGCAGGGGACUCCCUGUCRUGGCACAACAACAAGGCCUUCACCACUCUGGAUCGGGACAAGGACAGCUACACGGGUAACUGCGCUCAUUAUCAGAAAGGAGGCUGGUGGUACCACAUGUGUGCCCACUCCAAUCUGAACGGUGUGUGGUACCGAGGUGGACACUAUCGAAGCCGCUACCAGGAUGGAGUCUACUGGGCUGAGUUCCAUGGGGGGUCCUACUCGCUCAAAAAAGUUUCCAUGAUGAUCAAACCCACAUAGCUGCAAACUGUACAUGAAAAAGCAAACCACAAACUCACGUGGACGACACAAAAUAAUGAUGAAGCUAUAAACUACGUCAAAUGUCAUUAGUGUCUCUACGUUAUAAAUAAAACGUGUACUGUCUAUACUAAACCAUGUUAAAACAUGAAACCAUUUGGUUAAAUAAAACAGUUCAUUAAUGUAAAA